AUGGCGGGGCUACUAUCGCCUAAGCCCGUAUCCUACCUUCAACAGCAACACAACUCGCAGUAUAAUCACUACAACCGAUCUGCACUGUCUGCAUAUUCUGAGACCCCUCCACUACCUGGUGCACAACUUGUCCAUUCGAUUCCCCAUCAAGCUGGGCAGCAGUUCUUGAAUGGAACCAAUGGUGUCACUGGAAACGGACUGAGCAUACAGGAUGAUAGCAAGAUUUUUGCUUUGGUCAUAGACCUCAUGGAUCCGGGUAUGAGGGAGACAGCACUUUUGGAGCUGAGUAAGAAGAGAGAGCAGUACGACGACUUAGCUCUGAUUUUGUGGCACUCUUUCGGAAUCAUGCCUGCCUUAUUGCAAGAGAUCGUUUCCGUCUAUCCCUUGCUAUCACCACCAAACCUCACCGCCCUUGUUUCCAAUAGAGUUUGCAAUGCUCUUGCGCUUCUUCAAUGUGUUGCCUCGCAUACAGAAACUCGCCAAUUAUUCUUAAAUGCUCAUAUUCCUCUUUUCCUUUAUCCAUUUCUAAAUACGACAUCUAAAACCCGACCAUUCGAAUACUUGCGUCUCACCUCAUUGGGGGUAAUUGGUGCUCUCGUGAAACAAAACGAUAAUAACACCGUCAUCCACUUUCUUCUUUCAACCGAGAUUAUCCCACUCUGUCUACGAAUCAUGGAAACUGGUUCCGAACUCUCUAAAACAGUGGCUAUCUUUAUAGUACAGAAGAUAUUGCUCGACGAAACCGGCUUGACGUACAUAUGCCAUACGUAUGAGCGGUUUUACGCGGUAGGCACCGUCCUCAGCAACAUGGUGAAUCAGCUGGUGGAGACUCAAGCUGUCCGCCUCCUGAAGCAUGUGGUUCGGUGUUAUCUCCGAUUGAGUGAUAACUUAAGAGCACGAGAGGCUCUGCGCGCUUGCCUGCCUGAGCCUCUUCGAGAUCAAACAUUCAGUGCUCUCUUGAAGGGGGACAUGGUAACAAAACGGUGUCUCACCACUUUACUCAAUAAUCUGAACGAACCUUGA